UUGUCCAGCGUCCCCCCUCCAGAUGUCACCUAUACUUUGUCUCUCCCCAGUUCUAUCAUUGACAGGGGACUGCUUUCUGCUUUGCAGCUUGAAGCUAUUGUAUAUGCUUGCCAGCAACAUGAAGUAAUCCUACCUAGCAGACAGAGAGCUGGAUUUCUGGUUGGAGAUGGUGCUGGUGUCGGAAAGGGGCGUACUGUUGCUGGCAUUAUUCUGGAGAAUUACCUGAGGGGAAGAAAGAAAGCUCUGUGGUUUAGUGUAUCCAAUGACCUGCGCUGUGAUGCAGAGCGAGAUCUACGUGACAUUGAUGCCAGUUGUAUUCCAGUUCAUGCCCUAAGCAAGAUCAAAUAUGGAGACACAUCUGCCUCUGAAGGUGUCUUAUUUGCCACUUAUUCAGCACUUAUUGGUGAGAGCCAAGCUGGAGGUCAACACCGUACACGAAUUAAACAAAUACGAGACUGGUGUGGUGAGAAUUUU